AAUUGGACACGCGGAGUUCACUAGAGAUCAGAAUCAAUUCCAAAACGGUAUGUAUGAGUAGAAGAUUUAAUAUUCGUAAAAGCAUUUGAAUGCCAUAUAUAUUCCAUGAUAUCUCCUUGUUUCAUUUAAUCGGAUUGACAUUCAGUGUAUUAUAUAUGGAUUUCAUAAAAUGCAAGUUCACUAAUCAUUCAUGAAUACAAAUGCUAGAUAUCCGAAUUUGUCAUAUAGAUUUAUUAGGUUAAUGUUAUAUUGAUAAGUGAAUGCCACUUUCCUGGAUUAUAUGAUGGAAUGCGAAUGCCAUAAGUAAAUGUGUUUGGAAGAUAGAUUUUGUUAGGUUGAUGUUAGAUAGAGAAGUAUGGAAUCUGAUGUGAGCAUUGUGUAGUGAAUCAUGACAUUUGAGAUUGUCAAGUGAUGUGUACAUGGCAUAUUGGUGUGAUACUUUUGAUUUUUUUUUGCAUAAAAUGUACUUGGAUUAUAAGUGAAUGCCACUUGUCUGGAUUAUAUGAUGGAAUGCGAAUGCCAUAAGUAAAUGUGUUUGGAAGAUAGAUUUUGUUAGGUUGAUGUUAGAUAGAGAAGUAUGGAAUCUAAUGUGAGCAUUGUGUAGUGAAUCAUGACAUUUGAGAUUGUGCAAGUGAUGUGUACAUGGCAUAUUGGUGUGCUAUUUUUUAUUUUUUUGCAUACAAUGUACUUGGAUUAUAAGUGAAUGCAACUUGCAUGGAUUAUAUAUAUGAUAGAAUACAAAUGCCAUAGGUAAAUGUAUUUGAAAGAUAGAUUUUGUUAGCUUGUUGUUAGAUAGAGAAGUCAAGAAUCUGAUGUGAACAUUUUGUUGUCAAUUUGGAAGUUAUAUGAAAGCCAGUAGGAUGCUAUGGAACAUUUGUAUUUUUUUAAGUAAAAAAAUGACAUAUUGAUGGCAUUCUAUAGUACUUUUUAAGUUUUUUUUUUUAGUUUUCACAACUCUGUAUUAAUGAUAAAUUAAUAGACAAUGACAAGGUACUUCAAGAGGAAUAUGCUGGCUAAACUGGAUGACAUGCGUGUCAAUUCAUUCUGCAACCUUCUUAAAGUCAUGGAAAGAGUAAGGCAAAUUUUAAACCAAGAGGAAAUAGCUGAUUUCAGAACAACUGUGUUUGGGUGGCUGAUUGAUUUUGAUAAUAUCAGUUACGUUAGUGGACAAUUGCAGCUUGCCUUUGUAGCUAACUAUGUCAGAUAUGUCAAUGGGUUGGUUGACCAGAACGCAAUGAGAUUUCAUAUAAAGAAAAGUGUAGUAAGCUUCACAAAACAGGAUCUAGCAAUAGUUACUGGUCUGAAAUUGAGUGGGGUGAAGCCAGUUAUGUCAGAAAAACCAACUGGAGAUAUCUGGACACGAUAUCUUGGAGGAAAGACAUUAGUGACAAGAAAUGAUAUUCUAAAGGUGCUAAAUAAAUACAAAAGCACUAAUGAAGGGACAAUGAGGUAUGAUGGUGUCAAGUUAGCACUCCUGUAUGUGCUUUCACAUGGGUUCUUAGGAAAUCAAACAUCUAGGCCAAUGGAAGCUUACUACUUGAAUCUGGUUGAUAAUUUGGAGGACUUUAAAGCUUACCCAUGGGGAGAGGUUGUGUGGAAUGAGUUGCGAAGUUAUAUGAAACAAAGCUGUGAAGCAUUGGAAAACUGCACAGGUACAAGAGUUACAUUCCCUGGGUGCAUGAUUGCAUUACAAGUGUGGGCAUUUGAAACCUUUCCAAGUCUGUCAAAAGCCGGUUUAUGCAAA